CACGGCAAUGGUGUACUUUACAACUACUUCCUAUGAUAAUGUCCUCCUUUUUCGCCGUCUCACUGUUAUAAUUCCUUGUCCACAACCUAUUGUCAGGGUCGUCCGCAACUUCUUCGCCAUACAAUCUUCUCCUUCUUUACCUAUCCAUCUAUUUGCGCGUUGUUAUCCGCGGCCAUCAUGUCGAACCUACCUUCCCACGCCUCCCCAACCUUUGUGGCGCAAGAUGCGCCCUCCCACCCUGUGGAAGAACUGUCCAUUAGCACAGAUCAAACAGCAAUUCUGCCCUCAGAUAGCAGAGUAGACGAGCUUCGUGACAAUGCUAUCGCCCAGCUCGACAGCGCAGAUAGCGAUCGGGGUGAUGUAACCCCCGCCGUGCCUGCCUCCCUCCUCUCCCCUUCCUUUACCCCUCCAGCUACCCCCGGUGGUACAUUCAAUCCAGCAAAACUGCUUCAACAGACUCAAAAGUUACCACACACUAAAGCUCCGAAACUUCUUCCUUGCCUUCCCGAAGUCGAAUGCAUCGUUCGCGCACGGAUUCCCACCACCACCGGCGCGGAGAUGUUUCUCCAUCUCUACCACAACAACUUGGACAACAAAGAGCACUUGGCAAUUGUUUUUGGAAACACUAUUCGAAGUCGGAGCCUGGACAAGGUCCGGCCAGGGGAAACGGAAAUGGAUCGUAUGAUACGUGGAGCUUAUGUGGGCACAUUGCAUCCCGGUCGGGUGAGCAGUUGGUAUGAUGAUGGAAACGCUGAGGGUGCAGCUGGUGACGGUGGACCUGUAUCAUCAGAAAGGUCAACUGCGACAGAGAGUUCACCUAGUCAAGCGCCACUUGUGAGGAUACACUCCGAAUGCUAUACCGGAGAGACCGCCUGGUCUGCGCGCUGCGAUUGUGGUGAACAACUAGACGAAGCAGCCAGGUUGAUGUCCUUCCCCAUGGAGACUCUAAGUGAAAUGGCUUCCCAGCAAGCUGUUCCGGUGCCUUCCAAUGCCUCUGGCGGGGUGAUUGUUUACCUGCGGCAAGAGGGUCGCGGUAUAGGACUGGGGGAGAAGCUCAAGGCCUACAACUUGCAGGAUCUUGGCUCCGACACUGUAGAGGCUAACCUUCUCUUGCGACACCCUGCUGACGCGAGAAGCUACGGUCUGGCUACGGCGAUCCUAGUCGACCUUGGGUUGGGUGUGGAUGCCAAUCCUCACGGCAUCCGACUUCUUACGAAUAACCCGGACAAGGUUCGCGCCAUUGAGGGUGCAAAUCGUGAGGUGGCGGUUAAGGAGCGUGUGCCAAUGAUACCUUUGGCAUGGAGGUCGGGGGGAAAGCAGGGCAUCAAAAGUCUAGAAGUAGAGGGCUAUCUCAGGACAAAGAUCGCGAAAAUGGGACACAUGAUUGAAUAAACUCGCUAGAGUCAUUUCACGUAUUUUCUUUUUCUUUUCUUUUUUACUUUUCUUUUUGGUUGCAUUCCCUCACUUGUCUGUUUCACCCACUAUAUAGCCGUUUGUCGAAUGGGUGUACUAUAUGAGGCCUCGGGUUGGGUCUCGGUAAUGCUGUACAGUUAUGAACUGAUUUUAUGAUCCAAGAGUUUAUCAUUGUCCCUCGGUACACCUGUACCUCUGUUAUUUGUUGCCGAAUUUCUAUUUUGGACGGAGUGAUAUCUGUCUGCGUUCUUUUUUCACCAAUCUGGUGCACUGGUCUGGUUACUGUGGUUAGGCAUCACCAGGAUUGUGGAUACCGGGACAAGCUUUUGACUUUGAUACCAUCUGAAUGACGCCAAAAGUGAAAGGAUAAGCCAAUUGAGAAUGAGCUGUCAUGAGAUCGUGUGCCGACAACCCGAGACAAUUGCUCCGUAGCUUUUGGAUCCACCGAUUCAGCGAUUUAUGGCGAAG